GGUUUUUUCUAAAGGAUAUUACCCUGUUAUAACGUCACAGACUCUUCUUUCACUCUGCUGUAACUUUAUCCAAAUGUGUUAGAGGUUUAUAUAUUAACUAAACUUUGAGUCCUUUUUUACGAGUUUAAACUAGGGUCUGCGUCUUUCAUAUCAAAGAAAACAAUUUAACCAGGGCUUUACAAUAUUUCUCGUUGCAAUACAAAUUUGAAUCUUGGAUCAAAAUCUUCUUGAACCAGGUUCAAGUUAAACCUCCAAAUCGGGCGUUUAAGGCCUUGAUCCAUAGAAUUAUGGCCGACUCGGAUAUUGACGAUCUUGAAAUUCUGCAACAAAAUCGCCAUAUCGUUAACGUCCCACGUGUUUUUAGGAUACAGUUUGACCCAUUUGACGCAUACAGUGGAGAUGAAUUCCUGCAACGAUUCCGUUUUUCAAAGAAAGGUGUGCAUAAUUUAGAAACUUUGUUACACGAUGAAUUACAACUUGUAAACAGAAGCCAUAACAUUACAGCCAUGCAGCAAAUACUACUGACAUUGAGGUUUCUUGCAACAGGUUCAUUUCAAAUAGUUUGUGCAGAUUUAACGUCAGUGAGUUUGGCAAGUGCAAACCGUGCAAUAUGGCGCACUACAUUGGCUAUUGCAGCACGACAUAGGCAAUACAUAAAAUUUCCCUCUGGUGAUGAGAUAGAUCGUACCAAACAAAAUUUCUUCAUAUAUAGUGAAUUCCCAGGGGUUGUAGGUGCCAUAGACUGUACGCAUGUUGCAAUAAUAAAUCCAGGUGGUUACAACGCUGAAAUAUACAGAAAUAGGAAAGGGUAUCAUUCAAUCAAUGUACAAAUGGUGUGCGAUGUGAACCUCAACAUUACCAAUAUGGUAAUUCGUUGGCCAGGUAGCACUCACGAUAGUCGGAUUUUUGACAACAGUAGACUACGAACCAAGUUUGAAGAUGGCCAUGUAACGGGACUAUUGUUGGAUGAUGGUGGUUAUGCUUGCAGAUACUACCUAAUGACACCAUUUACUGAUCCUCAGACACCAGCAGAGAGACGAUACAAUUUCUGUCAUAAACGAGGCCGGUCGAGUAUCGAACGCAUGUUUGGGGUUUGGAAAAGAAGAUUUCCUUGUCUACAUUUCGGAAUACGAAUGAAACUGCAGCGAACACUUGUGGUAAUUUCCGCAGCAGCUGUUCUAUACCAGCUAUUAAAAUUGUGGAAUGUACCUGAACCAGAAUACGAGGGGGACAACGAAGACGACAACAACGACGACAACGAUGACGACGCUCCUAAUCUUUACCUACCACCGCUGGGUGAAGCUGUAAAUAGACGGGCAGACAUUCGUGGACAAACAAGAAAACGUGCUAUUGUGGAGGAUUGCUUUACUAAUUGACAAGUGGUUUCUGACGUACUUGAUGUAUUGGUUUCGACAUUUUCGGUGAUUUCCGAGUGCACAAAGGUUGAUGCAGGUGUUUCAUGAGUGAUGGCCAUCUGAACAUCUGCAGUGACAUCUACAACAUACAUGUACAUUUAUU